UUUUAUUAUAACCCGAAAUUAUUCUAAAGAUAUACGUUUCAUACUAUUUUCAAGGACUUUGUUCAAGUUCAGAACAACAAAUUCUACUCAAAAAAAAAAUUAACAUUAUCAUCGUUUUACUAUCCAUAAUGGCUAAUAUCAUCAAUGUUUUAAAAUGUGAUUCAUUACAAGAAUCAAAAGAAGAAUUUCGUAAAAUCAUUCAAAAAGCUUUUGAUGAACAUGAAGGACAUUAUUUUACUGUUGGUCUUUCCGGUGGUAGUUUACCGGCCAUAUUAGCCGAAGUUUUUCCAUUAAUUGAUACUGAAUGGAAAAAAUGGCGUUUCUUUUUCUGCGAUGAACGUCUUGUUUCGUUUAACGAUCCCGAAAGUACAUUUGGUACUUAUCGUUCAAUUGUUAUACCGAAAAUACCUGAAAUUAGUUUAAAUCAAUUCAUCACAAUUGAUCCAAGUUUAGAUUCAUGGGCUGCAGCCAAUGAUUAUCUUUCGAAAAUGAAACAAAUUUUCUCACGAAAAUCAGAAAUUGAUUUUCCCCGUUUUGAUCUAUUACUUCUUGGUAUGGGUCCAGACGGUCAUACUUGUUCAUUGUUUCCUAAUCAUCCAUUAUUGAAAGAAACAAAACGAUGGAUUGCAUAUGUUGGCGAUUCACCAAAACCUCCACCAAAUCGUGUUACAAUGACACUACCCGUUUUGAACAAUGCAAAAUGUUGUGUAUUUUUUGUUGCCGGAGCUGCUAAAGCUCAAAUAGUCAAGGAUAUUGUUGUUGAUGGUAAAUUACUUCCCGCUGGUAUGGUUGUACCGAAAAAAGGUGAUCUAUAUUGGAUUCUUGAUAAUGAAUCUGCAUCAAUGUUACCAGAAGAACAUCUGAAAAAAAUGUCGGUCGAUCUUGCCUGAAUAAUCAUUUGCUACAAUUCCUAAUGAAUUAUAUUUAAAUCAAUCCCAUAAGCUCAAUAAGAAAAUUUUCAGGUUUAUAAUUAAAAAAAAAACUGAAAACCGAGAUAUUGAAAGCAUCUGUUUGUGUUACUAUUCAAUUCGAUUCGGUAAAUAAAAAAACAUCAUCGCUUACUUUUAAUCAAACGAAGAAAAAAAACCUUAAUUGAA